UGCGUCGAUUAGGUACCUAGUACAAGUUUCAGCAAACCUGGACCGUGAAGCCGCCAACACAUCCCAUGAACCUGGGUUUGUGGCCCAACUUCGUCCCGUUGCAAUCACCGGAAGCGAUCGGCUGUUGCUCAAUAUGUAGCAACUGCAUGGGCUGUGCAUCAUGGCAUUAGAGUUUUGCCUGUAACCCGCUUUUUCAGCCACGGGCACGAAUGAAUAUCGGUGGUAACUUGCUGCUCUUUCUUGGCGCUUAACACAAAACAAGCAAUGGAGCUGAAUGACCAAAAUAAAAGGCUCAAUUUAGGAAGGACACGAAGCGGUGUCCAAGAAUGCCUCGUGGGUUGCUCACGGGCAUGAUGUCACAUCGGCAGCAUCGAGAGAUGCUUGGCUCGUUUUGUGAACCUCUGAGCACCUAUAUAAACAGGCGGAAGCGAUGAAACGAGUGAGUUGAAACCUCCAUCCAUAGGGUCCUAGCAACAACAUCCCCACCGUUAUACUCAGUACUCUGCUGCAGGACCAUGGCCAACAAGACUGUCUUAAUUACAGGGGCAUCAGGCUUCGUCGCCACCCACGUCGUUGAAUCGUUCCUGCGUGCCGGUUACAAUGUCCGCGGCACAGCUCGAUCCGAACAGACGGCCAAUAAGGUCCGCUAUACCUUUCAGGAGUAUCAAGACAAGUUGAGCGUUGUCAUUGUACCUGAUGUCGUUGCUGCCAAAGCCUUCGACGAGGCCAUCGAAGGAGUCAUCGGUGUCAUUCACACCGCGGCACCCUUCCAAACGGAAGUCGACGACAAAGAACGAGAUCUGAUGCGACCUGCUAUCGACGGAACGGUCAAUCUGCUGGACUCAAUUAAGAGAAAUGGCCCUCAGAUCCGCCGGGUCAUCCAUACGUCUUCUUUUGCCGAUAUACUCGAUAUGUCAAAGGGAGACCGGCCAGACUACGUAUACACGGAGGAAGACUGGAAUCCGAUAACAUAUGCGGAGGCCAUAAGUGAGGGUACCCCGGAUAUGGUAUCCUACUGCACAGGAAAGACCAUGGCGGAGCAUGCAGCGUGGGAUUUCAUGGCCACAGAGAAGCCUCCAUUUGACCUGGUCACGAUCUGCCCGCCGUACGUGUUUGGUCCGGUGAAGAACGCUACAGCAAGCCUGGUUAACCUGAACACUUCGUCUAUGGAUGUGUAUCGCCUCAUGUCGCCCAUGUCAAAACCAAGCCACUCUAUGCCAGAAACUUCAGUGUGGGCAUGGGUGGAUGUGCGUGAUGUUGCUGAAGCGCAUCUAAAAGCCUUCGAGGUUCCCGAGGCUGGAGGACAGCGGUUCUUGGUUUCUGAAGGUAGAUACAGUUAUCAGCGAAUAGCUGAUAUUCUCCGAGAUAGGGUGGCGGAAGUGAGAGAUCGUGUUCCUUUGGGUAAACCACAAUCCGGACUACACGAUGUCUAUGACAUCGAUGCGUCCAAGUCAGAGAAUGUAUUGGGGCUGAGGUAUCGUCCCUUGGAAGACUCGAUAGUCGACGCGGCAAAGUCCCUUCUGAAGCUGGAGCAGGCGAAUUGA